GCGGCGCCGCUGAGGGACCCGGCUCCGAUUUCCAUGACUACAGAAGCACAUAUGGACUAUACGAAGGGCUGUGUGACCUUUGAGGACGUGGCCAUUUACUUCUCCCAGGAAGAGUGGGAGCUCCUUCAUGAGGCUCAGAGGCUCCUGUACCUGGAUGUGAUGUUGGAGAACUUUGCACUUUUAAUCUCGCUGGUUUGUUGGCAUGGAAUGGAGGAUGAAGAGACACCUUCUGCAGAGAGUGUUUCUAUAGAAAAAGUGUCACAGGUCAGGACUCUGAAGGCAGGUCCAUCCACCCAGGAAACUCAGCUCUGCGAGAUGUGUGUCCCAAUCCUGAAAGACAUUUUGCAUCUGGGUGAUCUACGUGGGCAGAAACCAUACUUCGUAGGGGCGUGUGCAAUCCUUCACCAGGACCAGAAGCACCACAGCGCAGAAAAUCCAUUAAAAAGAGACUUGGAUAGGGCCUCCUUUUUGAAGAGCUGCAUAUUCCAUGUGUCAGGAAAUCUCUGUAGGAAGAUUAGAAAGGGCUUCCCAGCCCAUUGGGGCCUUCUUGAGCCCCAGGGUAUCCCCAAAGGUGAGAAGCUAAAUAAAAUCAGCAAGCGUGGGGAGGCCUUUCACUGUGGAAAAUGUCAUUACAAGUCAGGUAAAUGCAGAAAAGAUUCCAUCCAUAAACAUGAUCUUGUUCAGCACCUAAAAGUCUGCACUAGAAAAAGAGUUUAUGAGUCUAGCAAAUGUGGAAAAGCCUUCCAAGACAAGUACUCACUUGUUCCCUUCCAAAAAGUCCGCACUGGAGAAAGGCCUUAUGAGUGCAAUGAAUGUGGAAAAUCUUUUAGCCAAAAAGCCACCCUUAUUAUACACCAGAGAGUUCAUACUGGAGAAAGACCUUAUGAGUGUGGUGAAUGUGGAAAACUCUUUAGACAAAGCUUCAGCCUUGUUGAACACCAGAGAAUUCACACUACAGCAAGGCCUUAUGAAUGUGGCUGGUGUGAGAAAUCCUUUAGUCAAAAAGCCACCCUCAUUAUACAUCAGAGAGUUCACACUGGAGAAAGGCCAUAUAAGUGUGGAGAAUGUGGGAAAUCUUUUAGUCAAAGCUCCAACCUCAUUGAACACUGCAGAAUUCACACUGGAGAAAGACCUUAUGCGUGUGGUGAAUGUGGAAAAUCCUUUAGUCAAAGAGCCACCCUUAUUAGACACCAGAGGAUUCACACUGGAGAAAGACCAUAUAAGUGUGGUGAAUGUGGGAAGUCUUUUAGUCGAAGCACCAGCCUUAUUCAACACUGCAGGAUUCACACUGGAGAAAGGCCAUAUGAGUGUGAUCAAUGUGGGAAAUCGUUUAGGCAAAAGUCUGUCCUUAUUCAACACCAGGUAGUUCACACUGGGGAAAGGCCCUAUGGAUGCAACAAAUGUGGGAAAUCAUUUAGCCAACGCUCCAGCUUCUUUCAACACCAAAAAUGUCACAACAUGUAGAGACCUCAUGAAGACAGCAAAUGUGGAAAAUCCUUCAGGCCAAGGAUCAACAUUGUUUAGCAUCAGGAAGCCUGCAUUUGCAAAAAGCCUUAGAACUACAGGGAAUGUGCUGUCUCUUUGUUCAGAGACAUG